AUGACUGGUUCAUCGUCUCAAUUUCAACAACUUGAAAAAUUAGGUGAAGGAACUUAUGCAACAGUAUAUAAAGGACGUAAUAGAGCAACAGGAGCAUUAGUUGCAUUAAAAGAAAUAAAUUUGGAUCCAGAAGAAGGUACACCAUCAACAGCAAUAAGAGAAGUUUCAUUAAUGAAAGAAUUAGAUCAUGAAAAUAUUGUAACAUUAUAUGAUGUUAUACAAACAGAAAAUAAAUUAACAUUAGUAUUUGAAUAUAUGGAUAAAGAUUUAAAAAAAUAUAUGGAAGUUCAUGGAAAUAAUGGAGCAUUAGAUUUAAAAAUUGUUAAAAGUUUUAUGUUUCAAUUAUUAAAAGGUAUAAUGUUUUGUCAUGAUAAUAGAGUAUUACAUAGAGAUUUAAAACCUCAAAAUUUAUUAAUUAAUAAUAAAGGAGAAUUAAAAUUAGGAGAUUUUGGAUUAGCAAGAGCUUUUGGUAUAACUUUUAAUACUUUUUCAAAUGAAGUUGUUACUUUAUGGUAUAGAGCUCCAGAUGUUUUAUUAGGUUCAAGAGCUUAUACUACAUCAAUAGAUAUAUGGUCUGCAGGAUGUAUAUUUGCUGAAAUGUGUACAGGAAAACCUUUAUUUCCAGGUACAGCAAAUGAAGAUCAAUUAAUUAAAAUAUUUAGAUUAAUGGGUACUCCAAAUGAAAGAACUUGGCCAAAUAUAAGUUCUUAUUCAAAUUAUAAAAAUAAUUGGCAAAUAUUUGUACCACAAGAUUUAAGAUUAUUAGUACCAAAUUUAGAUUCAAUGGGUUUAAAUUUAUUAACAAGUCUUUUACAAAUGAGACCUGAACUGAGAAUAACUGCAAGACAAGCUUUACAACAUCCUUGGUUUCAUGAAAUUACUUUACCUAAUCAUCCACUUCAUCAUCAUUUAAGUGAUCCAUAUCAACAACAACAGCAACAACAGCAGCAGCUGAGUCAUCAUCAACAACAACUAAAUCAUCAUCAACCGCAACAGCAUCAGCAACACCAUCAUCAACAACAGCAACACCCACAUCACCAACAACAUUCACAUCAACCCAUAAUCGAUCAACAAUAUUGA